AUGGACGAAAAGGUCGCCAAAGCUGAUCAGGGGGAUGUCGACUCUGGCAGCGACAAGAAGGUCGACACCCUCACGGAGAUUGAGGCCGUUAAUGGUCUCAAAACCGUCGAGGUCGGCUUCUCUGCUGAUCAAGUCCUUGUGGAGCUCGACGAGAAGGAGAAAACGAGGAUCUUGAGGAAGAUCGACUAUCGUCUUGUUCCUCUCCUCGGUGUGCUGUAUCUACUGGCCUUUAUCGACCGUGGCAACAUCGGAAAUGCAAAAAUCGCCGGUCUCUACGAUGACUUGCACCUUCAUGGAAUGCAGUACAACACUGCUUUGACCUUGUUCUUCGUCCCCUACGGAUUCUUUGAAGUUCCUAGCAACAUUGUCCUCAAGAUCUUGCGACCUUCGAUUUGGAUCUCCAUUCUGAUGUUCUCCUGGGGGACGGUCAUGACACUUAUGGGCGUGAUCAGUUCGUACCAGGGGCUUUUGGUCACCCGGUUCUUCCUCGGUGUGACAGAGUCUGGAUUCUUUCCUGCUGCGACCUACCUCCUCACCAUCUGGUAUCUUCGCUACGAAGUCCAACGACGCAUGGCCGUUUUCUACGCAGCGGCAUCCCUUUCCGGAGCCUUUUCAGGCCUGCUGGCUUACGGCAUUCAACACAUGGACGGCAUCGCCGGACUUGCCGGCUGGAAAUGGAUAUUCAUUAUUGAGGGCCUGCUGCCUGUGGCCGGUUCCUUCUUCGUCUGGUUCCUCCUUCCCGACAGCCCGGAAACCGCGAGAUUCCUCACCAAGGACGAGAAGGAGUUCAUCAUCAAUCGGCUGGCGCUUGAGACGGGCUCCGGCCACGGCCGAGUUACUAAUUCUGACAAGAUUCGACUCCGUCAUAUCGUGGCGGCUUUCAAGGAGUGGAAGAUUUGGGGCGCUGUCGUUAUGUUUUGGGCUAACACGAUCGGUGUAUAUGGAUUCACUGCCACUGUCCCUUCCGUUAUCGAGGAGCUCGGGUACACCUCGGCCAACGCCCAGUUGAUGACUAUCCCCAUCUACGUUUUCGCCAUGAUUAUGACCUUGAUAUUCGCCUUCUGGUCCGAUCGCGUCGAACAACGAACGCCUUUCAUUAUGGCCGGCUUCUCCAUCGCCGCCGUCGGAUUCAUCGGCGAGCUCGCAAUCCCGCACCCGCGGCUCCCUGGUGUCACGUAUUUCUUCCUCUUCCCGCUCGCAGCUGGCCUGUACUCCCCCUUCAUCUGCAUCGUCUGCUUGGUCGGCAACAAUCUGGCCCCUAGCUCCAAGCGAGCGGUGGGCAUGGCGCUUUUGAUCAGCAUAGGCAAUUUCGGCGGCAUUGCCGGCAGCAACAUAUACAUUGCUUCCCAGGCACCAAAGUAUCCCACCGGGUUUGGCACGGGACUGGGUAUAUGCGUGGCUGCGGUCGCCAUGGCGUAUGUACUGCGAAGGGCGUACCGGGCGGAGAAUGCCAAGCGGGACGCGUUCAUGAUGGGCAAGACUGACGACGAGGUCAAGGCAAUGUACACGGAGCAGGAGCUGUUGGACUUGGGAGACAAGUCGCCCUUCUACCGCUAUACAGUGUGA